CCGCACCGAACAUUGACAGUUCAUCUAUUUACAUGAGUUGUGUACCGAACGCGAUAAAAAAUAUUCAGCGAUUGAAAAACGUUUUAUUUUUUUCUUGGGAAGUAUUUUGAAAACACAUUCCAAUGGCGUCUAGUUUGAAAAAGAAGUACACGCAAAAUGAUUUGCGACGAUUGAUGGCCGAGCAAAAGGCAAAAACUGCGCCAAAAACCACUACAACCACCAUAAAUUCACCGCUGGCAAAGUACAACGAUUUAGGUCAGUUGAUGUGUAUAUUGUGCAAAUCGGUCGUUCGUUCAGAGGAUGUUUGGAAGGUGCACUUAAACACGAAACUUCAUAAACAAAAUGUUGAACUGGCGAAAAAAUCUGCGUUAGCUAGUAGUAGUAUGCCACCGCCGUCAUUCAAAACACCAGCUGUUCCGGUAAAACGUGCGGCACCACCUCCAGUUCACGAUGUACCGGCCAAAAUCCCGAAAGGUAUUUUGAAAAACAGCAGCAAACCAACCAACGCUACGGUAACACAGGUCACAGACAAUUCUACUAAAGAGAUAAACACUAGUUCCGGCGCCAGUGAUAAAAAUGAAUUACCCGACAACUUUUUCGAUAAUCCAUCUCAAAAUGCCACCAAUUUCUACGAAGCAACGCUGACAAAGACUAGUAUCAAAACCAAUUUAGUAAGUAUUAAACGAAAUGCUGACUCAGAGGAAGCAAACGUCGAUGCAGCGAUGGAACAGCAUAAAGAUGAAACACUGCCCGAAGGAUUCUUCGACGAUCCAAUCAAAGAUGCCAAAGCCAGGCACUCCGAAUACAAAGAUCCAGUCGAAGAAGAAUGGGAGAAAUUCCAACAGGAAAUUAAAGCUGCAUCUGAUUUUUCCAAUGCAAUUAUUGCCGAAGAUCAAGAGGAAGCAAUCACUGAACGGCAGAUCGAUGAAAUCGACGAACAGAUACGGAAUUGGAACAGAGUACUUGAACUGGAGAAAAAGAAGGAGAAUGUGAAUUUGAAGGUGAAAGACAGCGAAAACACACAGGUGCUCAGCGAAGCGACAACAAAAAUUAAGAUCAUCGAAACAAUCGAAAAGAAAGAAAGCGACUCAAGCGAUGAUGAAGUCGACGAUAUUGAUGAAUAUCUGGAUUGGAGAUCGAAAAAAGCUUAUAAAUAAAGUGUUCUAAACUGAA